AAUCUACAUUUCUUAAUACUUUUAUCGGAGAGGCUUGAACUUUGCUCACUACAUUCUCCCGUCAUCAGGGUCAGGCAGGCCGAUGGGAUGUAAACGAAGUUAAAAACACACGCAGGCUUAGAAGUUCUCCCGUGUACACAAGGUAGGCCAGCUGAGUGCAGCGGCAGGUGGGUGCAGUGGUGUCAACAAGAAAGCAGAACAUCCGGGAUGGCUGGAAGAAGACGAAACCGAGGCAGCAACGCUCAGCAACAACAGGCCCCACCGAACCAGAGAGGUGGCCCUCGCAGGUCUCUGCGGGAGCCAGCUGCUUUUGCCAAGUCUACAGGUUGCGAAUUAGAGACCCUCCAUGAAAAGUUGACCAUAACCCAAGCACGGAGGGGCACACCAGCUCAUCGUCCGGUGCGAGUCUACGCUGAUGGGAUCUUUGAUCUUUUCCAUUCCGGGCAUGCUCGAGCUCUAAUGCAGGCCAAAAAUGUGUUCCCCAACACAUACCUGAUAGUAGGAGUCUGCAGUGACGAACUCACCCACAAGUUAAAGGGCUUUACGGUGAUGACAGAGGCUGAACGCUACGAAGCACUGAGGCACUGCCGCUAUGUUGACGAGGUGGUGCGGGACGCUCCCUGGACCCUUUCCGCAGAGUUCCUUAAGAAACAUAAGAUUGACUUUGUGGCCCACGAUGACAUCCCUUACACCUCUGCUGGAUCAGAGGAUGUUUAUAAACACAUCAAGGAAGCAGGGAUGUUCGUGGCCACUGAGAGGACAGAAGGCAUCUCCACAUCUGAUCUGAUCACUCGUAUCGUCCGAGACUACGACAUCUAUGCUCGACGAAACCUGCAAAGAGGCUACACAGCCCGAGAACUGAAUGUUGGAUUCAUCAAUGAGAAGAAAUACCGGCUCCAGGAACAGGUGGACAAGAUGAAAGAGACGGUCCGUACGGUGGAGGAAAAGUCCAAACACUUUGUCUACAGAGUGGAAGAGAAGAGCCAUGACCUCAUCCACAAGUGGGAAGAGAAGUCACGAGAAUUCAUCAGCAACUUCCUGGAGCUUUUUGGACCUGAUGGAGCCUGGAAUGCGAUUCAGGAGCGCAGUGGCCGUAUGCUCCAGGCUCUGUCACCUUACUCUUCACCCCGUGGCUCCCCGAGCAGCAGUCCCACCAGAAGACGCUCCGUUUCUCCUGACUCCUCCUCUGCCUCCCCUCCUUACUCCCCUUCCUCGCCUAAAAAGGCAUCACGCUCCUCUCUCAAAGCUGCCUCCACUUACACUGAAGAAGAACAAUGAGCUCAUCAUGAUUUGGUCAUAUAUGUUGGUCAUUAAUCUGGAACAUAAUAUGUCUAAAGAGGAUAGUCAUUAUAAAUUAAAAAAUGUAAUGGAACUACUACAGUC